CUCCGUCGCAACCUACCAUGCUGACUAGCGAAUUAGCUCGUAAUGUAAACUCAGUUGAGAGGUACCGACAGAAGGAAAGCGGAGCAUAUGGGGUCCAGGAUUCACAUUAAAAUGUGCUGGAUCCGGGCUUUUCUCACCGGUUGGGCUCUGCUGCUGGUGCAGCUGAUGUCUGUAGAGGCAGUUCCCAUCAGUAUCGAUAAGACAAAAGUCAAAGAACCAGAGAAAAAGCCAGAGGAGCCGCCAGCGAAUGUGGACACUGGACUCCACUAUGACCGCUACCUCAGAGAAGUAAUCGAUUUUCUUGAAAAGGAUCAGCACUUCAGGGAAAAGCUACACAAUACAGAUAUGGAGGACAUUAAGCAAGGUAAGCUGGCUAAAGAGCUGGACUUUGUCAGCCAUCAUGUCAGAACAAAACUAGAUGAGUUAAAAAGGCAGGAAGUAAACCGACUACGGACCCUGAUUAAGGCCAAACAAGACCUAGAAGGAGGGAAUGAUAUAGCGGUGGACCACCAGGCUCUCCUGAAGCAGUUUGAGUAUUUAAACCACAUGAACCCACAUACAUUUGAAGUGGAUGACCUGGAUCGGCUAAUUAAAUCGGCCACCAAGGAUCUGGAGAACUAUGACAAAGAGAGACAUGAGGAGUUCAAGAAGUAUGAGAUGAUGAAAGAGCAUGAUAGACGGGAACACUUGAAAACUCUGGAUGAGGACGAGAGAAAAAAAGAGGAAGAGCACUAUGAGGAAAUGAGGAAGAAACAUGCUGAUCACCCUAAAGUCAACCACCCAGGCAGCCAGAAUCAGCUGAAAGAGGUGUGGGAGGAAGCUGAUGGUCUUGAUCCAGAGGAUUUUGAUCCAAAGACCUUUUUCAACCUACAUGACACGAAUGGAGAUGGCUUCUUUGACGAACAGGAGCUUGAAGCAUUGUUUACCAAAGAGCUGGAAAAAAUCUAUGACCCCACCAAUGAAGAGGAUGAUAUGGUGGAAAUGGAGGAAGAGAGGCUACGAAUGAGAGAGCAUGUUAUGAAUGAGGUGGAUACAAACAAAGACAGGUUGGUGUCUUUAGAUGAAUUCCUGGUUGCUACAAAGAAAAAAGAAUUCCUGGAGCCAGAUAGCUGGGAGACCCUGGAGCAGAACCAGGCCUAUACAGAUGAAGAGAUGCGAGAGUUUGAGGAGCAUCUUUCUCAGCAAGAACAAGACCUCAAUCAGAGAGCCGUUGAUCUCCAGAAACAAAGAGAUGAGCUGGAGAGACAGCAAGAGCAGCUUAAUGCGCAGAAAAUGGAGCUUCAGCAGGCAGUUGAGCACAUGGAACGGCUUAAGUCUCAGAAAAUAGAGCCCCCUCCAGAAGUGCACGUUGAAGAAAAUGCAAUCCCAGAAACGCAUGCAGCUGACAGUCAGUUGCAUACUGAACAAGAGGCCCAACCACAAGGACAAGAAGACGCACCCCAACCCACACAUGAAAUGCCUCAGGAUCAUCAUGAACAACAAAAUCAAGAUCCCCCCCACCAAGGUCUCCCCGAAACACAUCAGGAUGCACCACCAGGCCAUGAGGAAGUUGCACAAAGCCUGCAUCACCUGCCAUAACAAUGCUGUCAAAAAUUCAUAACCAGACUUCACAGCACCUAAAGUCCUGUGUACAAAGGAGCAGCCCCACCUGAGUAUAAGGCCUCUUUGACCAGUAUGAUCAGGAGUACAGGUUUUUGAAUACACCUGAGUUAAAGAAGAAGGGCCCAUCUGGAAUCUCUGUUAUCCCAGUGUUUAUAAUCUGUAAUCCUUUCAUUACCUAAGAAAAUUAGAAUUUUAAAAUCACAAACCAUAGAAAUGUAUCCCAAAAUGCACAAAGGAGAAUGCAAGUGUUUGAUCCAAGAGUCGGUAAAGCCUCAAUUCCACCAACGGGUGCAGGACUGGGAGGUUAGGAUGCGGAUAUGGUUUGUAAUCUGUAAUCUCAUUGUGUUUCCACAGCCAACCGUGACCUAACUUGAGUAUCAGUCAGAUAGCGGUAGAUGCCUCAGCUAAGUAACAGCAUGACGCCAUCACAUCGCAGCACCUUCUUUAAAGUAUAACACAACAUGAUUAAGAAACAAAGGAGAAUGGCGAUCAUCCAACAAUUUGGGUUCUUUCUUGGCGGUGCUUCGUAAUGCCAUUUUAAACUGAUUUAAUCAACAAAAAGAAAAUAUGUUGUUCUAAACAAGGUCGCACAUGAAGUGACCAUUUUUUUCUCAAUGGAUUGUAGUAUGUCAAACUCCCAUCUAUUCAGGUCAGGUUAGUUAGAUUGAUACCCCAACGGAAGGGUCCCAUCAAAGUAGGACGGGUCAGAUAUUAGGGGUACUCUUCUCAGUUUUCUCAUGUGGAAACACAAAAAAAAUGUGUCCCGACCUGCCUCGUCCUGCACCCGUCGGUGGAAACAGAGCUUUAGAUACAGUAUGUAGAGUACAGAUGUUGAGGGGUUUAAGGUGUAAAAAGUAACUUUACUUUUAUACCCUCAAACAUCUUAAGUACAUAAUAUUUGGUUGAUAUGCUACUGGGCUGUAUCAAACCACUAUUGAACCUGAGUGCAUUGGGCAUUUUGAAGCUUUCCAGUUAAUGUACAAAGUCAAAAUAGAAUGAAGAAUGCAUAACAGAACUGGCAUAGUCUUUUCAUGUUGUACCCUCAACCUUUUAAUUUCAAACAAAGUAAAGAAACGAUGCAUCUAGGUAUAUUUUAAUUUACCAAUAAUCGAUCUACAGUCAUUGUGGAUCUAUUUAGAAAACAUUGUUUCCAUCAUCAUUUUGUUGACGUAAUCUUAUAACACCCUUAUUAUUCAUCAUUUUUGCUUGCUCUCAUUUCCUGUCAGAUGUUUACUAGGACUGCUCUUCAAAUGUACUGUCAGACUUUUGUAUUUUUCUCAAUCCCAACAACUGAAAGUAUGUGCUUUGUCUAAAAAGCAAAGCGCGUAACACCGGUCAGUUUUGAGCUGCAAUGCAGCUGGCUUUGCUUAAAUAAAGGUGGAAGAAAUUUUAAAUAUGAGGGGAUGCUUUCACAACAGAUUUCCUUAAAACUCUUAAGUUCUACAAAACAUUUUGUAGCAUAGGUUGGCUACAACAUUCUUCUGUUAGUAUUUUGUUUAAGAACCUGCUUGUAAAAAGAAUUUAUUGGUGGCCCUCUAAAAUAUUUCAUUUUUAUUACACAGCUUAGUGACCAUUUCAGAUUUGGUUGUUGAUGCACAGAUGUGUACGUACCAUGCUUAUUUAUGAAAGGAUCAUACUUGAUCAUGAUUUUUAAUGUUAAAUAUAGUUUUGAGAUUGAUUUUAUCUUAAACAGUUAACAAGGAGUCUUUUUUGCAGCAGCCAGAUAUGUUAAAUCUGUUCUGGUAAAAGAUGUACAUUAGUCUUAAUUUGAAAAGUUUUACACAAAUGGCACAUUUGGUGCACUAGCUGUGCAUUUCAGGCUGCUUUUCAUAGAAAGCUAAAUAUGCAUAACGUGUGACAUCUCUGCCUUACUGUGGUACAUAA